UGCCCCACCUUUCAAUUAUUGUGUCCAGUUGCGCGACAUUUGCAUGUUUGCAUAUUGGUCAACGUUUUGAUAUAAAUACGAGAAGAUUCGCACAAAAGACCAAUCUCUUGUUUGAGCUCACUUGAACUAGACCAUCAUGCUUCAGAUCAUUUUCCUGUGUGGCUUUAUUGCUCUGAGCCAUGCUGGCGUUGUGCCGUCAACUUUGCAAUAUCAAUAUCCUGUCGGCUUGGCCUACGAUCACGGCGCGCUGACCCCAGGUUAUGGUUAUGGUGAUCAGUACUACGCACAUCACCAACAUCAACCACUGAUCCAAACGCCUGUGAUUCUGCCCGCUCACUCCCAUCAAUACCACCAACAGGUUUCCACUAACCCUUUAUACACCACAGCAACUUAUCCUGUCGUCAGCAACCACCACCCGGUUGCCCCUGUGGUUGAUUAUUAUUCGCGUCCCUCUUAUAGCUUUGGCUAUGGCGUUAACGAUCCCCACACCGGUGACCAGAAAAACCAGUGGGAAAUUCGCGAUGGUGAUGUCGUAAAGGGCGAGUACAGCCUUGUGGAGCCCGAUGGUUCAGUGCGCACUGUCAGCUACACCGCUGAUGCUAUUAAUGGUUUCAAUGCAGUGGUGAAGAAAUCUGGAAAAAGUGUGCACCCAACACCUGUUCUUGUUCAGUAAAUUAGUUCAACAGAAUGAGCUUAAAUGAAGUAUUAAACUGAAAAAAAUACGCGGUUUUAGACGAGUGGGCCAAAGUUUUUGUACACACAGAGAGAAAGAAAUAAAUACAAAUUUAAAAAAACUUUCAAU